AUGGAACGCCAUGGCUGUCUUAUGUUAUCAAAUUUUAUUUUAUCUUGUCCAAGAAUCAUGUGAACUUGUCAGUACCCCAUGUUAUUAUCUUAAAUGUCUGUGUUGUUUUGUCUAUAUGUGGUGUUGACAUGUCCACACACUGUUUUAUUAUGUUAAUCGGUCGUGUUGUUAUGUCACAAUGCAGAGUUAUUUUGUCGACAUAAUGAGUUAUCAUGUUUACUGUCUUUGUUGUUUUGUCUAUAUGUGGUGUUGACAUGUCCACCCACUGUUUUAUUAUGUUAAUCGGUCGUGUUGUUAUGUUACAAUGCAGAGUUAUUUUGUCGACAUAAUGAGUUAUCAUGUUUACUGUCUUUGUUGUUUUGUCUAUAUGUGGUGUUGACAUGUCCACCCACUGUUUUAUUAUGUUAAUCGGUCGUGUUGUUAUGUUACAACGCAGAGUUAUUUUGUCUACAUAAUGAGUUAUUAUGUUUACUGUCUUUGUUGUUUUCUCAACAUGUGGUGUUGAUAUGUCCACACACAGUUUUAUUAUGUUAUAAAACCAUGUUAUUAUGUUGAAAACGCGUGGUGUUGUUCAAGAAGUUGUGCGCAUGCGUACUUAGCAGCUAAAAAUGGCGGUUCGCGAAGAAAUGGACCCCGUGCAGGAAAUAUUACACAGGUCUGGUCUGCCAACAUUAAAAGAAAGAUUUACUGCGGAAAAGAUCGACGUAAACCUAAUCUCAACACUAAGCGAUGAGGACUUGGUUAGGUUAGGUGUUGCUACAAUUGGUGACAGAAUACGCCUCAGGGAAGAAGCAAAACGCAGUCUAAUGUCCGUAGCACAAGCAGACAGUUCAAGUGUAACAGCUAGACUGUUUCCUGGAUUCCGAUACAGAAGCACAUCAGGAAGGACAACUGCUACAAAGCAAAAAAAUAAAGGUGGAAGCUGGACAGCACAGUUUUUCUGUUUAAGUUCAAGAGAUCAGGUGAAGACACCUACAUCAACUGAGAAAGAAAUUUUGAAUAAAACAGGAUUAGGACUAAAGAAAAUUAAAGUGAGCAAUUCAUCCAGUGAAGAGGACAUUAUACAAAUGCUUCAGAGUGAACAAGGAUUUACAAAACUGAAGGACAGUGGAGGUUUUGAAAUGCUUAGAACAUUGCAGAAUGGCAGAACAUUGGUGGCAGUUCCAUGUCCAUGGAACUCAAAGUCUUUGAAAAUGAAUGUAGGAUCACAGGCUCGUAUUUAUCUCCGUCCAAUACAGCGCUCAUUAUCAGUUGAACCUGUAUCAGAUUAUGAAGGUCCCUCAGUGAAAGUUGCUUGUGAGAACUGCAAAGUAGAAUUUUCUGUUCAUGACUUGAGAAAUCAUAUCGGAUUCUGUGGACUAAAUGAAGGACCUAAUUUUAGUACAGAUGCAGACAAGGUGAGAAGUCAAGAUACAGAGAAUCAUGAAACUGAGUAUUAUUUUGUUUUUCAAAACGCUAAUGAUACUCAAAGCUCAAAUGAUAGAAAUGCUGGUGAAUUGUCCUUUCAGAAUAUUGUAGACAAUAGUGAAGUGCUAGUCCAUGAUACUCACAGCUCUACUGAUACUGAACGACCAAUAAUACCAGGCAUUAGCAGGCCUAGCUUAAGCCCUGGCAUUAGCAAUGAAAAUGAUACAACUGAAGUGCAAGUUAAUGAAUCUGAGGGCUUGCAUGAUUUGAAAUUCGUCCAAAGUUUACAUGACACUGUACAGUACUGUAUAAAUUUUUGUCAACAGAAUGAGAUAAGCAACCCUGUGGAAAUGCUGAGAAAAAUACAAGAGGAGAUUGUGAUUGGUCGACCACUUGAGGUGGAGGAUACAGAUACCUCAAUCGAGGGGGAAACAACAUUUAUAACCAUUGAUCGAGACAAAAUCCUGGAAACAAGUAUGGAAGAAAUCAGUUCUAUUCCAGCUGAAGAACUUCGUAAAACUUUGGAAGUUCAGUUCUACAAUGAGCUUGCUGCAGAUUAUGGUGGUCCACGGAAAGAAUUCUUUCGGCUUGUUCUUAUUGAGAUAAAAGAGAAGUACUUUGACAAUGGCCUACGAGAACUGCUUGCACCAGAUUAUUACACAGUAGGAAUUAUACUAGCUUUGAGCAUUCUUCAGAAUGGAAAAAUGCCGGUGUUUCUGUCGCCUCAGCAGGUAGCAGAGAUUUUCGACACAACAGAAUCAGGCUCACUCUGUGUGAAGAAUCUCAGAAAAGGAUUGAACAUCUUGGGUAUAUAUGAUUUGUUCCUGGGACUUCCAGAGUUAAAAUUCCUUCUGCAACCUGCAAGUCACAGCAUAACUAUGAAGCGAAUAACAACAUUACUAAAGGCAAAUUUCAGUGAGGAAGGUACCAAUGCAUACAUGUAUGAAAAGGAAGUCUACAGCAUGUUUAUAAAAUACUUAAGAGAAGUUGCAGCUGGAAGACGAGAAAAGCUGACACUUGCCAGUAUACUGGUAUUUGCAUGCAGCACUGAUGAAGAGCCUCUUCUUGGUUUUAAGAUACAGCCAACAAUUGUGUUUUGUGCUGCUGGAGAUGGAUUUUUACCUACUGCCAGUACAUGUGUCAAUUCACUGACUUUGCCAAGGGCCACUACGACCAACCAACUACCAGGACAAGAAGAACUCUUCAAGCUUUACGAUUAUGCAUUCACAAAUUCAUUCUAUGGUUUACAGUGAACAUGAGUUUUAGCUCGAUAGAGUACAAGUGCUCAGGAUCAUAAUAUGAUUUGAUAACCCUCGCAUCUUUUCAUGCAAUGUUCUACUUAAUGAUAUCUUUGUAAGCACUUGACUCAUUGUAAAAAUUUACUGUUAAAAGUUCUGUUAAAAGUAAAUCAGAUCCAUUCAGUAUGCGUUCAUUUUAGUCGAGUCCGCUUACGGUGAGCUUGACUUAGUUGCCACAAUGGCAGUUCGGUACAUAUAUGUGUUAGACACUUGUCUUGCAUGGAGAAACUGUGUUUUUGGUUUUACCCAUUUGUCAAGAUUUAAGCUUGUGUUUUGUUAUGUUAACAAUGCAAAAACACAAUUUAAGUAUUCACAUGAUAUGAAUAAACAGGUAGGACUGCUGCGCUUGCCCUUCAUAUAUUUUUGUACAAUGAAGAUGAGGUUUGAUAUGUUUUGUUAAAGACUGACAUAAUCAUUUCUGAUAUUAAUUGUGAACAUGAGUUUCCUUGUAAAGGGAAAGUGUUUGAUUUUUGCAGAAUAAUGUACAAUUUUAAACCAAUAAUGUCAACAUGUUUAUUUGAAUAAGAUAAAAUGGUAGCCAAAUAUAACAUUUAAGCAAAAGUGCUUUGUUACUUUGCUACACCACUAUUUAACCUUCAAAUUAAUUAUAAUACUGGGUGCGAUUUAAUAAGUGGCAUGGUUUUACUGUAUACCGUUGAAAAUAUAAAUCUGCAUUUCUCGAUAAAUUAACCUAAUCUAUACAUAUGUAUGGUAUUCUGUCAUUUUAUUAGCUCACCUGUCACGUAGUGACGGGGAGCUUUUGUGAUCACUUUUUAUCCGUUGUGCGUCCGUGAACAAUUUCUUUAAAUGACAUCUUCUAAACCACUGAUUGGAUUUUGACCAAACUUCACAGG